AUGUCUCCAAGAUGGAUUGAUUUGCUCAACGGCAAAACAUCGGGAAGACAUCAGAUCAACAAUGAUCUUCAGUUACUCUUCCAAGAGUUACGCAAGAAGACAAAGAUCGUGAUUGUUGCUGGAGCUGGAAUAUCGGAGGCCGCUGGGAUUUCAGAAUUUCGUUCGCGCCUAAAUGCCGCCGAAGAAAAAGACAAUAUAGAGAGAUGCAAGUACAUUACCAAGGAUAUGCUCGAUGCCUCCGUCUUCUCAGAUAACCAAAAGACAAAGCAGUUUAUGGCAAUGACUCGGGAAUUGUCUCAGACAUUCUCUUCUGCCAGGCCUACAGCGUUUCAUCACUUAAUAGCCCAACUUGCUAAGCGAGGGCAAAUCCGGCGAUUGUAUACACAGAAUAUAGACGACAUUGACGUCAAUAUCCAGCCCCUUGCUACGGAUGUUCCACUGAGUCUCACAGGCCCCUGGCCAAAAACAAUACAGCUUCACGGUAGUCUGAGUAAGACUUUCAAGGUCAUCAAAUGCCCUCCUGCAAUCAAUGCCCCAAGCUUGUUCAAGAGCUAUGUAGAGCGACCCAUAGCCGCCGACAGGGCAUUUGCAUAUGGCUCAACAUUGACUGCCCACCAACCGGAGGUAAUAUGA